GGUCCUAUUCUGCCCAUAAAAUUCUUCCCUCUUGUCUCCAACACACACACUUGCACUUGCACACUCUAACCGUCUCCGCCCUUUCCUUUCUUCACUCGUACGGAAACACCUACCAAUACCAUACAUAAACACGCACAGCUCCUCAUGUAGCUCUACUCCGUCGCCUCUUCAUAGACUCGGAGCCAAUGGGGGGCGGAAGCAUCUCGUUCGGCACUAUGGUUCCUAAAGUGAAGUCCGAGCUGGUGGAUUCCUCCGCCCAAGCGCCGCCGUCUCCGGCGAUUACUCCGUCGCUGUCAUUCGGGGAGUCAGAAAAGGAGCAGAAGGUGGAUAAGGAUAUGUUGUGUCCGAUAUGCAUGCAAAUAAUAAAGGAUGCGUUUUUGACGGCAUGUGGACAUAGUUUUUGCUACAUGUGUAUCGUGACUCAUCUUCAGAAUAAGAGUGAUUGCCCAUGUUGCUCUCAUUUCCUUACGGCCAAUCAUCUCUACCCUAAUUUCCUUCUCAAUAAGUUAUUGAUGAAGAUUUCUGCUCGCCAAAUAGCUAAAAUUGCCCCUCCCCUGGAAGAGCUUCGUCAGGCAUUUGAACAGGGAUGUACAACUUCGGUCAAAGAGCUUGAGAGCCUCUUGUCUCUUCUUUCAGAGAAGAAAAGUAAAAUGGAGCAAGAAGAGGCUGAGACAAAUCUACAGAUACUUCUCGACUUUUUGCACUGUUUGAAGAAAAAAAAAAUUAAUGAGCUUGAUGAGAUACAAGCCGACCUUCAAUACAUGAAAGAAGAUAUUAAUGCAGUAGAGAGACGUCGAAUAGAGUUGUAUCGAAGAAGAGAUAGAUACUCUGCAAAAUUGAGAAAGCUUGUCAGUGACCCCUGUUCACAGUCAGUGUUGCCAUCAUUGGAUGAUAAACAUGGUGGCCCCACUGUCUCCAGAAACGGCAUUACACAAGGUCAGUUUUGCAUGAGUUCAAGUGGUGGUUCGCAGAACAGAAAAGUUGAUGCAAAAUCUUCUGCAAAUAAUUUAAUCCCAAGGAAGGAUAGUCACAGUGGGUCAGACACGCAAAAUCUUACUCAAUCUGGACUGGCAUUGGCUAGAAAGAGGCGGGUCCAGGCUCAGUUUAACGACCUACAAGAUUGUUACCUGCAAAAACGGCGAUCUUGGGCAAGGCACACACUGGGACAGCAAGAACGGGGAUCACAUGGUUAUAGAGAAGGUUACCCUGAAGGACUAGAGGAUUUUCAGUCUGUUCUGUCAACCUUCACAAGAUACAGUCGGAUGCGAGUUGUAGCUGAACUUAGACAUGAAGAUGUCUUUCACUCGGCUAAUAUUGUAUCAAGCAUAGAAUUCGAUCGAGAUGAUGAAUUGUUUGCUACAGCUGGAGUAUCACGCCGUAUCAAGAUUUUUGAGUUCUCAACCGUGGUUAAUGAACCAGCUGAUGUUCAAUGUCCUAUAGCGGAAAUGUCCGCUAGAUCCAAACUGAGCUGUUUAAGCUGGAAUAAGUAUGCAAAGAGUCAGAUCGCUAGCAGUGACUAUGAAGGCAUCGUAACCAUUUGGGAUGUGACUACUCGACAGAGUGUGAUGGAGUAUGAGGAGCAUGACAAACGUGCGUGGAGUGUGGAUUUUUCACCUACAGAACCUUCAAUGCUUGUGACUGGAAGUGAUGAUUGCAAGGUCAAGGUAUGGUGUAUAAAACAGGAAGCAAGCGCGCUCAGUAUUGACAUGAAAGCCAAUAUUUGUUCUGUCAAAUACAACCCUUCAUCCAGCAUUCAUGUAGCUGUUGGUUCUGCAGAUCACCAUAUUCAUUACUACGACUUGAGAAAAAUCAGCCAGCCAUUGCAUAUUUUCAGUGGGCAUAGGAAGGCAGUAUCAUAUGUUAAAUUUCUGUCCAACAGUGAGCUUGCUUCUGCAUCUACGGACAGUACUUUGCGGCUAUGGGAUAUGAAGGCAAAUCUCCAACGAUGCAUGUUUAGAGGCCAUAAAAAUGAGAAGAAUUUUGUGGGUCUAACAGCAAACAGCGAAUACAUAGCAUGUGGCAGUGAAACAAAUGAAGUGUUUGUGUAUCACAAGGCAAUAUCUAAGCCGGCAGCACGGCAUCGUUUCAGCCCCGAUGUCGAUGAAACUGGUGAAGACACAAGCUCACACUUCAUUAGUUCUGUGUGUUGGAAAAGUGACGGCUCAACUAUGGUAACAGCGAAUAGUCAAGGGACGAUCAAAGUCCUUGUACUGGCUCCUUAAUUCACAAAAGCAAACCAAAAGAAAAUGCAACAGUAAAUCCACAUAGAAAAAUAUGUCUUUGAACAGAGUUCGAUUCUUCCUUCUUGUUGUGGGAUAUGUUUAGUAUAGAAUGGCUAGGAGGUUAUUAUCGCUUUUAAAUGGGAAUUUUUUAGAGGUUCAGUUUUAACUUUUGUUGUCUACAUGUAAAGACAGGAUAUUCUUAACUUUGAUGGACUCUGGUAUGAAAGGUAACAACAGAACUGGAUCAGGUGAUGUCUAAGCUAAAUUCAUACCAUCCAGAACGCGGGAGUGGCAGAUGAAUUGAACUCUUAGCUCACAUUUCUCUCCUGAAGUUGUUCACGGGAUCAAUAUUUUACUUUCUGGUCA